AUCCGAUUCCCUAGGAUCCAUAACCUCUCACAUUGUUGAUUGUUCUUCUUGGUUUCACAGAUGGCUGGACCAAAAUGGGAGGAUUUGCAAACGGACUGUUUGGUGAAUAUUCUUACAAUAGUGGGCACGGAGUCAUUGCUAUAUGACAUUCCCUUUGUGUGCAAGUCAUGGUAUAGAGCGAGCCUUGAUCCUUCAUGCUGGAAAAUUAUUAAUUUUCAAGAAUUUGUUCAUCGGCCGCCUUUAACAAAUGAAUAUUUGAAGUUGAUAAUCAAUCGUAGUCGAGGAAAUGCUACUUCAGUCAUGCCCCCUACCUCGUGCCCAGAUGAGGUGUUAAGAUAUUUAGCAGACGAGUGCCCUGAGUUGAAGGCUCUAUGUUUGCCAUCUGUGAUGGGGAAGAAUUCUUCAUUUGUUCUGUUAGAAGUCAUAAGUAAGUGGAAAAAUCUGGAGCUGUUGAAACUUGGAAGUCCUUAUAGCGUUCACAUGGAAAAGAUACUGGAAAAGAUACUUGAAGAAAUCAGUCUUCACUGCAAGAAUUCCUGUCAUUUAGAGAUUGUUAUUAUUGAACUUUUUUGGAGAGAAGUAGUGUCAGCCAUUGUCACCUUUCUGCCAAACAUAAAGUACUUAUAUCUGAGAGAUGGAUUCAUUGAUCAAGAGAGUUUAGAGAUAAUUCUGCAGGGCUGCAAGGAGCUUUGUGCAUUUGUUUUUUAUGGUUUAAAACUUUAA